CGUCACCCUGACCCACGAUGAGGGCAGACACUCGGUCGUUCUGAGAUUAUACUGUCAUAACUUGAUCUAGAUAAUACUAGCGAAAGGACAUGCGUGGCAUUGAUUGUUCCAUCCCCCUAUACGCAAGAUGGAAAGGGGAGCUCCGUCUCCCCAUUGCUGACAAUGUCCAGUACUUUGAUCUUGACUUGAACUCUGUGCCAAGAUGUCUACUGACAAGAUCACCUUCCUGACCAACUGGCACGCGACCCCGUACCACGCCCCCCUUUACCUUGCGCAGAGCAAAGGCUUCUUCAAGGAAGAGGGCCUCAAGGUUGCUCUGCUCGAGCCCAAUGAUCCCUCCGAUGUCACCGAGAUUAUCGGCAGUGGUAAGGUAGACAUGGGCUUCAAGGCCAUGAUCCACACUCUGGCCGCCAAAGCUCGCAACUUCCCUGUCACCUCGAUCGGCUCUCUCCUCGAUGAGCCGUUCACUGGAGUCAUUUACCUCAAGGGGAGCGGGAUCACCGAAGACUUCCGCUCUCUGAAGGGUAAGAGAAUUGGUUAUGUCGGCGAGUUUGGCAAGAUCCAAAUCGAUGAGCUGACCAAGUACUACGGCAUGACGGCGGAUGACUACACCGCUGUGCGCUGCGGCAUGAACGUGACCAAAGCAAUCAUCGAGGGCACAAUCGACGCGGGGAUUGGUCUCGAGAACGUGCAGAUGGUCGAAUUGGCCGACUGGCUGGCGAGCCAGAACCGACCGCGCACCGACGUGCAGAUGCUGCGCAUCGAUCAGCUCGCGGAGCUCGGCUGUUGCUGCUUCUGCUCCAUCUUGUACAUCGCCAAUGACGCCUUCCUGGCUGCCAACGGCGAGCGCGUUCGCAAGUUCAUGAAUGCUGUCAAGCGUGCCACCGAGUAUGUCCUCGCUGAGCCCGCCCAGGCCUUCGAGGAGUACGUCGCCAUGAAGCCCAUCAUGGGCACCCCGGUCAACCGGCAGAUUUUCGAGCGGUCGUUCGCGUACUUCAGCCGCGACCUCAAGAACGUCCAGCGCGACUGGAACAAGGUCACCAACUACGGCAAGCGAUUGGGAAUCUUGGACGCGGACUUCCAGGCGAACUACACCAAUGAGUUCCUGUCCUGGGAUCUGGAUGCCGAUUCCACCGAUCCGCUGGGCGAUCAGAAGCGCAUGGCUGAGUUGCAGAAGGAGGUGGCUGAUCAGGGCGGUUUCCGCCGGCUGCAGGUGGCCUCUGCUUGAGUUCGUCGUCUGGCGGAACGGGGAAAUUAUUGCCUGUGAGCACCGAAUCUCACUGCCAUUGACAUCAUGAGGCUAGCGGUCUCAGCUAGCUAUGCACUCGUUACGAAAUGAAUAACUAUCGAGCAUUGCCUCUUUUCCACACUUCGCAGGAGAAGUGUAGUCGGUCACCUAAUUCACGUAGUGAUUGUGCAACCAUCAUACCAUAUACGUACUAUGCUCUAUUGAACCUAAUAGAAAGCCGCUCAAACAUUGCUUGCCAAGUCCAAACGGCAACCCGAUAAAUCACACCAGCUUCGUGGGUAUCAAUUCCUGCUUCGAUAUUCUUCACCCUCUCUGUCCGAUAGAGGGCCUACCCGGUGCUGUCCCAACAAAGACGAGAGUUC